AUGUUCAUUCCCGAGCCCUUUCAAAUCGAUGUUCCUCAGAGCAAAAUCGAAAGAGUGAAGCAGCGGCUUCUACUGACUGACUGGCCCGACGAAAUACCCCUCCAGGAGCCUUGGAGUCGUGGUGCACCUUUGUCAGAGGUCCAAAAACUGGCAGAUUAUUGGGUUAACCAAUUCGACUGGAGAGCCCAGGAGCGUCGGCUGAACAGAUACCCGCAAUUCACGGCGGAUGUCAACAUUGAGGGCUUCGGGACCUACAAUGUUCAUUUCCUGCAUCAGAAGAGCACUGUGAAAGGGGCAAUUCCUUUACUAUUUUUGCAUGGAUGGCCUGGCUCGUUCAUUGAGGUGACCAAAAUGCUACCCGCUCUGGUUGAGGGUGCACGUGAAUCGCCAGCCUUCCAUGUCGUGGCCCCCAGUAUGAUCGACUACGGCUUCUCCCAGGGAAACACUAAGGAAGGCUUCACCCUCGACCAACAGGCAGAGGCCUGCCAUCAAGUCAUGCAAGGAUUAGGAUAUACUGAAUACGUCGUGCAGGGUGGUGAUAUCGGGUAUUACCUUGGCCGCUUCAUCGCUUGGAGAUACCCAAAAGCAUGUAAAGCAAUGCACACAAACAUGGCCCAGCCUCCCACCCCAGAUUCUACAAAGCAUGCAGAUCUCCUGGCAAAGAUUGAAUGUGCGGGGGGCCUGAGUGAGGUUGACCAGGCCGCUUUGGCUGGUACCCAGCUCUGGGCUGCCGACGGCAUGGCCUACGCUCUACUGCAUACGACUCGGCCCCAAACCAUCGGCUACUGUUUGGCUGAUAGCCCGGUUGGCUUACUGGCUUGGAUUUACGAAAAGUUGGCUGCAUGGACUGACGAUUAUCCAUGGUCUCCUGACGAGGUCCUUACGUGGGUUUGCCUGUACCAGUUUUCACGCGCUGGGCCCGCGGCUCCCCAGAGGCUCUACCUAGAAAUGGCUCGCCGCAAGCCCAUUCCAGCAGAUCAACAAGCUUCUCACUACCUUGCUGUACCGCUGGGAGUUUCUCGAUUCAAAAAGGAGAUCCUCCGAUUACCUCUAGCGUGGAACGAAACACUCGGGCCCAUUGUGUUGCAGAAAGACUACGAAUUUGGCGGCCACUUCGCCGCAUGGGAAUGUCCUGAUAUCUUGGUGUCCGAUCUGCGGCAAAUGUUUGCGAAGGAUGGGCCUGUCCGUUUUGAGACACGCCUCCAUGAGUUGCCACAGUAA